CAGUCCUCACAUAGAGCACAUCUGCUACUCACAGCUCUGGGAGGGAGGCAGAGGGUCAGAACUCUUGGGUUCUGUUGUGGUCCUGCUAUUGACUCCCUCUUUGGGCUUGUGUGAGUCACUUACUCUCUGCCUAUCACAAAAGGAGAUAGGGUUACUUCGCAGGUGGAUUGAGAGCCGGUGGGUGGAAUCUGCACAGCCUAUUGGUAGAAAUUUUUUAAUCACGCAGACCCUUCCUUUGUGUUUAAAAGUUUCCGUGUCACAACUUUCCCUGCCUUGCCACUUGGCCCUUGUGGCAUUGGGCUGAGGCUGGAGAAUGGGAAAAAGGGUUAGAAAUAGAAGUGAAACUGGCUAAUCCCUCAUCUCUCCCUGAGCUGGGGGAAAUGCAGAAGACCAACUAAUAGCAUAAAUGCUGUGAGGUCAGUUUCGCUUUCACAGGUCCCUCAGUUCAAAUUACUAGGGUGUUACUAGUAGUGUGGACUUCUUGUUUGUUUUGUUUUUUUCUUUAAACAUGAUUUUUAAUCUGCUCUCCUCCCUUGUUUGUGAAUUGCUGUGAUAUCUGUAGAUGAAAAGCAAUACACAAGGCAAAGGGCAGCUGGUAUGCCAUUCAGUCCUUGCCUUCUGCGGGGAGACUGCCAACAAGAGGGUUAAUUAUUGCCCCUGGUGGCAAUGAUUUUUGCUGUCUGGACACCUGCCUAUGGGGAACUGGACUGAGACACACCAUCCCAUGCCACAUAGGACUCUCCGUUUUGAAAGAGAAGGCACGUGGGCCAGAUUUAGACAGCCAAGAACUGUUUAGAUGGGCAUGCCUAUUCCCAGUAGGUGGUAACAGGGAUACCGUUACAAGGCCAAAUGCAGUACUGGUGUGAGCAGACACAAUUCUGGUGAAGUUAGUGGAGUUGUUUCUGCUUGCACUGUUGGCCUGUUGUGCAUGUGGUGUAAGAUUGUGGCGUAUUGCACACUCCUUUAUGGUUGCAGUGAGCAAAAAUGCGGGGAGAGAAUGUGCUUUAGAGGGUUGAGAAACAUGCCUGUAGCGAGAGAGGAGAGGGGAAUGCAUCCUUGCUGUGGUACCAGUGUUAGCAUUAUGCUUCCCUUUCCGGCCACGCUCUGGGAGGAGAAGUGGGGUUGAAAACAUCAGUGUUGAAGGGCUCGAAUAGUCUGGAGAAGUCUUAGCUUAAAGCAUGAAGGGAGUGGUUAGGCAUAUGGAAAAUAUGCCCUUUUGACCUUGUUUCAGUAAAAGCUGCAGUGACUUCUCCUGUCCCCUCUGCUGGAGGUUUCAAAUGCCGUUCAUGUUGACACAGCAAGUGUCUUGUGCCGUUUCUGGAAUGUGGCGUGGGUUAUGAAGAGGCGUGAUGCUGAGACAUCCCAGGGCCUUUGUCAGAGGAUUGUAAGCUGAUGGGUAGCACCUUACUGGUGAGCAGGAAGGGGAAGGGAGCAUGAUGCUUACACCACCAUAUGCUCUUAACUCCUCCUAGUUUGUGUGUGUUUGAACAAACAAUACACAUGCUUGACAAUAAUAACUUUCUCACACCAGGGUGUCCUCUUGCCCUGGGAAACAUUGGUUCUCCCUCUAGCUGAAAUUAACAUGUUACUUCCAGGCUUGUGCUCAAGCAUCACAAUAAUGUGUAAUACUUUGCAUUUCCGUUGCCCAUUCAAAGAAUUAGAUACACUUUAAGGACUAGGGUCUACCCCUAGCUCUGCUCCCGACUCAUUGUUUCCCUUGGGCAGGUCGUUUUCCUGCUCUGUAAGAUGGGAGUAAUGACUAAUUCACAGGAUCCUGGUUCUCAGUCCUCUACUCACUGUGUUUCCUCCUGACAUUCAAACAUCCUGGGCUUUGAUAGCAGCGGAGCCAAAGGUGGGGAGAGAGACAAGGACAAAAUAUUGUUCUCUUCGAUUCCGAGUAGGUCAAACGUCAGCCCUGCGCUGCUUUUGACUGUGUCAUUUUCCAGGUGUUGGGGCUGAGCCAUCAAUGGGUGCUUGGGAGCUAGAUCUGCCCUGAUUGAGACUCAGGCCUCCCAUCCCCUCUGUUUAAAAGUAAUGCGGCAAGUCUCUUCUCGAAUGAAAACGCAGUGGACUUCACAGUUUUAUCAAGAAUGUUCCUGGUCAAAGGGCUCGGUGAGCUGACAGAGAGGCUAACUGGUGUUGAAUCAAACAGAGGAUACCUCAGAAGGGACCGUGAGCUCUGCUGCCCGUGAGCAUUCGGCGCACCCUGCUUGCCAGCGGCUGUUCCGGGUUACUCCAGCGUGUCUCUGGACCGGACGAAGGAUCGCCUGGUCACCAUGAUUCUGGGUGUGAGUCCCCGAUGCCACCUCCUGGUGAUGCUGCUCUGCCUCCUGGGCAUCUCCUGCCAGACGCAGGCUGGCACGGACGCCUCGCUGCAGCCCGCCGUCACUGCAGCUUCCUUCCUGCAGGAUCUCCUGCGCCGCUAUGGCGAGAGUGACGUGCUGACCCUGCAGCAGCUCAAGGCCCUGCUGAAUCGCCUCGAUGUGGGGGUGGGGCACGAGAACAUCUCCCGAUCGGAGCCGCAGCGCAGGAACCUCUCCCGGUGCUUCAGCUCCUCAGAGCUCUUCACCGCCCACAACCUGAGCGAAGGGUCCCAUGUUGGCCCGAGCAAGUUCCAGGAGUUCUGCCCGACCAUCCUACAGCAGCUGGAAUCUCAGGCGUGCACAGCAGAGAACCUGGAGAACGAGGAGAAUGAGCAGACGGAGGAGGGGAAGCCCAGCUCGGCAGAAGUCUGGGGUUACGGUUUCCUCUGCGUGACCGUCAUCUCCCUCUGCUCCCUGGUGGGAGCCAGCGUGGUGCCCUUCAUGAAGAAGACCUUUUACAAGCGGCUGCUGCUCUACUUCAUAGCUCUGGCGAUUGGAACUCUCUACUCCAAUGCUCUCUUCCAGCUCAUCCCUGAGGCCUUUGGAUUCAACCCUCAGGAGGAUUAUUAUGUCUCCAAAUCUGCAGUGGUCUUUGGAGGCUUUUACUUGUUCUUCUUCACAGAGAAAAUCCUGAAGAUGCUUCUCAAGCAGACAGAUCAGCACCAUCACGGGCACAGCCACUACAGCCCUGAGACCCUCCCCUCCAAGAAGGACCAGGAGGAAGGCGUCACUGAAAAGCUGCAGAAUGGGGACAUGGAUCACAUGAUCCCUCACAGAACCAGUGAGCUAGAGUGCAAGAACCCAUCUGUGGAUGAGAAAGUCAUUGUGGGCUCUCUGUCUGUCCAGGACCUGCAGGCUUCCCAAAGUGCGUGCUACUGGCUGAAGGGGGUGCGAUACUCUGACAUUGGCACGCUGGCCUGGAUGAUCACCCUGAGUGACGGGCUCCACAACUUCAUCGAUGGCCUGGCCAUCGGUGCCUCCUUCACCGUGUCUGUCUUCCAAGGGAUCAGCACCUCCGUGGCCAUUUUCUGCGAGGAGUUCCCCCACGAGCUGGGUGACUUUGUCAUCCUGCUAAAUGCCGGAAUGACAAUCCAGCAGGCGCUCUUCUUCAACUUCAUCUCGGCCUGCUGCUGCUACCUAGGGCUGGCCUUUGGGAUCGUGGCAGGCAGCCACUUCUCUGCCAACUGGAUCUUUGCUCUAGCUGGUGGGAUGUUCCUCUACAUUGCACUGGCUGAUAUGUUCCCUGAGAUGAAUGAAGUGAGCCAGGAGGACGAGCGGAAUGGCAGCGCCUUGAUUGCCUUCGCUAUCCAGAACGCAGGGCUGCUGACGGGAUUCAUUAUCAUGCUGCUGCUCACCAUGUUCUCAGGCCAGAUCCAGAUAGGGUAGGGACGGGCCUGGUUUGAUUGGGCUUUCCCACCUGCAAGCAUACGGACUGACAGCACCUGUAUGAGACAUCAGCAUUGCAAAAGCACUACAGAAAAGAGGCAUUUCUAUUAAAACUGUUCCAUAGACUUUGUAUCGUUUAUUUCAGGGGGGCUGAUGAAGCUCCUUGCCCUAUAUCUAAAGUGACCCAAGGACCUAUUUCCAGUGUAGCAUCCCUUCCUCUACUCUCCUUGCGUCAAAGGGACUCCUGGAAAGGACAUGUGUGAGGAUCAGGAGAACGGGCUCACUGGCUCCUUUCUGGCUACAUCAACCCCUUCGGAGAGCUCCAACCAUGGACAUGACUUCUUCCCAUCCUCUUCGGGUGGCUGCGGCUGGGGGAUGGAUGUGGGGUCAGCGCUGGAGGUGAGGCUACUUUACCAAGGCAGACGCUGUGCUUGAGGCUUGUGCCUGUCCAUCCCUCGUACUCAGUCCCUCCACGGGCAAUGGAAAUGCGAGGCAGGGGAACAGCCAUGGGUCCCAGGACAGCCCCAGUAUUUACCCGCGUUACCUGUAGCCUCCAACGCUCCGAUUGUGCAGGUAUCUGGUGUUUCUCUUGAGCAUGGGGAGCAUGCCUGCCUUUUGGACCUAAAUAUGCAGUCAAGAGACCUGUUCGAGAAAGGGUCUCCUUCCUCCAAAAGCUUCACGUGCCAAUGUCUCUGCAGAGUGUGCUGGGCUGGAGGAAAGGUGCGGCGUGUGAAAGAGAAAUGAAGAGGUCUGGGAAGGUUGCACAGGGAGAGGGAUGAGCAAGAACGUAUCCUGCUGCUGUGCUGGAAUCGAUCCUUUCCUGGCACAGGUAGUGGGUACUGAACUGGGCAGGCAGCCUUGGUUUCCCUGCCCCCCCUGCGCUUGAAAACUAGUCACAGCUGUUGCUGCUCUGGUCUCUUCCCACUGGCUGCAGAGGCAGCACUGAAGAUACCAGGGCAGGAGAAGUGUUUGAUAUGCAGUCAGACUGGCUUCGGCGGGAAAGUUAUGCUGCUCCUGUAGGGGUUUAAUGAACUAUACAGUUGCAUCUGCUGGUCAGAAUGACACUAUUGGACACUCCUGGGUGGCUUCCAGGAGGUAGAACAGCUAAACGCCGCGGCCUCUCCCAGGAGUCCCUCCAUCCUAACUCGGGACACUUUGAGAGCGGAGGGAGCUGUGCCGUGAAGCGAAGAUGCUGCAGGAUCUCACCAUUGCAAGGGAAGGGCAUGGCAGCUGCAUUCAGACCGGGGCGGUGUGGAGCACAAGUCCUGGUGCCAGUUUCUCAGGCUUUCCUGCGAGAGCGAUCCUUACACUGUGACCAGGUUCACUUGGAAUUGGACAUCUGGUUUUAAACACUGACACUGCUGAGUUGCAAGGUUGUUGUUGUUGUUUUUUUAAAUACUGUACUUUUUCUUCACGGCACAGGGUCCCAGGAACACAGUCUGGAACUGGAACCCAGCUCUGGGUAGCAGCAGGAGUUGGGAAGGGAGUUAAAGGCAUUUCAGAGCUCUGCUUCUGGGCUUGCUUUCCUUCGAUUCACUAGAUGAACUGACUUAUUGUUAAUGUUUGGCCCCUUCAGCUUGGGCAGGGAAUGAGGUUCCCCUCACCCUUGGGUUGUUCCAGAUUCUGCCUCCCAUGGUUGUGAAUUUGUGGCUGCUGACUAACAGAAGUUCCUGCCUCUGCUACUAGCUUGCUGGGUGACCUCUGGCUAGUCACUCCCCCGCCCCGCCCCCCUUUCUGUGCCUCAGUUUCCCCAUCUGGAAAAUGGGGAUAAUGAUGCUGACCUCUAUGGUAAAGUGCUGUGAGAUCUACUGAUGAAAAACACAAGAUAAGAGCUAGGGAUGGUGAUUAUUCUUAUUUCUGUGGGGAGUGUCGAAUUUGUUGCUGCCAGUCUCUCUUUCUCUCAUGAUCAUUCCAUCUGCCUGAUCGGCUCCCUGGUAAGGGAACAAUUGUUGUCCAGUCCCUUGUCUCGUAACUUGUCCGUUGACACACAAAGUUGUGUUGCCUUGGUGUGCUGUCCUCGUGGCAGAGGCUGAGCAGAAGCUAUUCCUGAUGGUUUCCCCCUGCAACCCUUCAGAAGAAAGGUGAAAGGCCUGUUCACUUAUCAUACGCAAUGCUUUCACACCCUACACCUCAAGGGUUUAGGCCCCUCUUUGGUAAAUGUGAGCUGGGCAGCUACACCCAGGCCCACUGCCUGCCUCCCUUCAGUAAGGGCAAGCUGAGAUCGGAGUGACUCCAAAGGAAUAGAUGUCAGAACCAAAACCACCUGGGACAACAGCAUGCGCUGUGGCCGGCACAGCGCCUCCAACAGGAUCAUGACUUGGUUUGACUGCCGGACCUCUGCCUUCUAAUGCCUAUUUCCUUUUAACGUGCUCAAUGAAGACUGGAUAUCAAACCCCAAUCUCCUGUAGCUGUCAGUCAUCCGUCCACGAUUGGCCCUAAUGGAGAGAGAGAGCUGGGUGUCAUUUACGUACGGCAGAAACCAUAGUCCCUGUCUCCUUUGUAGCACUCCCAGAGUCCUUGCAAACAUGUUGAACAGGAGAGGGUACAGUGCAGAACCCUGUAGUAAUCUGUGCAAUACAGCCUUUUGUUUACAUGACCAAUUAUCCAUAGUAGCCUACUGGGCUGCCCUAUUUUAGAAAAGGAUCAAAACCGUUUCAGAGCAGCUCUGUCAACUUGGGCAAGGGACCACAGCCUUGUCAGCGGUAUCUCACGUUCACUGCCUGUAUCUUAGGUAGCUGGCAUACUGUCUUCCUCCAUUGCCAGGAGAAAGACUUUUCUUCACGCCAUUCUUGCUGUUUAUGGCCCAGGCCUAAACCCUACUUAGUUGAGACCAUCUUUUACCAAUGAAUGCUUGAUACGGGUUGGCCCAACUUUGCCAACUCCAUUUCACCAAACCCUUCCUUGACAUGUUUAUAAAAGAACUAGAAUAGGGGCCUCUGGAAAGCAGUAGAGCCAUCUCCUUUCCCACAGGAUAACCAUCAUUGUGGGAUUCCUGCUGCCCAGUUGAGAGGUGAAUGGAAUAGGAUGGCACUCUUUUGUGUGAGUCACACGGGAAAUUUUUUGGUCAGGCCAGCAUCUGUCAUCAGCAGCUGACCAGGAGAAGUUCUCAUUGUAACAGUGAGGAGGCGAGCUUCUGGGAACAGUACUAGAGAGGGACGCUGCCUGCGGUCAAAAAGCAUGCACUACCACUAGUAGGAGAGCUGCAGCCCUCUAGCUGAGUUACGUAAUGUUUGAGAGUGAGAGAUUUAACCCCUGUCUUAAGGGGAAAGGUCUGGCUUGCCUAUUCUCUCUCAAGGAAAUUUUUGGAAAGCACAUGACAUCUAGUGCAUUCCAAAAGGGAGAAGAAAAUGGCUUAGCUUUUUCAUAGUUCCAGAGCUAUCUCUGGCAAGGAUGGUUCAAUGGUACACGGAGAGGAGGCACUGCACUGUCAGCAUCUGGCAAAUCGGCCCAUCUCCUGGAACAACAUCCCCCCACCCCACCCCCAAAUUGUACUUACUAACAAACCAACUAGAAACUAAGCUGUGCUCCAGGUGGUAGGAAACUAUAAGAACCGAUGUGUAAUUUCCUCUGGGCUGUUCCGAGCCCUUGAACGUGACAGAGAAAUCCUGAGUCUUUUCUCUAGUUUCCCUUCAAGGUGUUCUUGGGAGCUGACUACAUCAGGAAAUUUGCAGGCUGGAAAUUAGGGAGAGUUACCUACGAAACAUUCUCUAAGUACACGUGUAGCUGGGGGAGGCAGGUAAUCAAUGUGUUAUUUCAAAGGGGUGCCUGGAAGAGGCUCCUCUCUCUUGUUUGUGCAGGAUGGUAGAAACCUGAGGGAGGGAAGGUGUGUGUGAGAGGGGCCGGAGGGAUGGCUGAGAAAGGAAAUUGACAUUAAGUUGAGCUUGUGAGUGUUUUUAUUUAUAUUUCCCUUUACACAUCUGAUUAGAAACUCAAGUUCCAUCUCAGUAUUUUAAUAUCUCAGGUGUUAUAAGAAAUACUUGUUGAAACACUUCUUGAAACAAAGAACAUAACUUAUGUCUUGUGAACUGUAAAGUUUUUAUUUGUAAAAUUCCAUAAAUUAAAAUCUAUUCUGUAAUGAAAGAGAAUGGC